AUGCCGGUCGUCAAGGAGACGACCUCUACCGGUGCGGCAGCGCAACGCGAUGAGGAGAUGCGCGAGCUUCGUCGCACAAACGAGGAGCUGCGGGCCAUGCUCGCCAAGCUGCAAGAGGAGCUGUCCCUCUUCCGGGUCCAGAUGGCGUCAGCAGAAGCGAAUGCUCGUCGCGAUGCGGAGGUGGCACUCUCGGCGGCUGUACGUCGGGAGGAGAUAGCGGCGGCGGAAAUCGCCGCACUUCGAGAGGCACAACGGCUCGAUCGUGAGGCUCAUCGGCGCGAGCGUGAUGCGCUUAAUGAGCUUAUCUUGCAGGUGGUCGGAGCACGAGUGGUGAUUCCACGGGCCACGGUGGCGGUUCCGAGCUCAAAGCCACCGAGUCCGGAAAUGACUGAGGUGCUUAAGCUCCUCAAUGAGUCGUCGCUCACGAUUGAGCAACUACGGGCAACCAUCAAGGAGCUGCAAAUGGAGUUGACGAUGCUCCGACAGCGGAUGGAUGCGAAUGCGGAGCAAUCUCGUCAAGAUAUGCGGCUGGUUCGAGAGCAGGCCCGAGAAGAGAUGCGGCAGGUACGUGAGGAGGCCCGUCAACGGGAAACGUUCGCCCGUGAGGACAAUGAGCGUCUUCGCAGUGCGCUGAUGGAGGAGCGUACCAGCUUCCAGGAGUUGUUGGCGCAGUCCAUGGGGUUUGGUGGCCCUCAGCGUCCGCAGCGGCAGAACACGGAGCCUGCACCAUCAGCAGCGAAGAAGCAGCAGCAACAACAGCAGCUGAACCAGAGCGAGUGGCCGCAGUUGCAAGCGAAGCAGCAGCAUCAGCGUGAGCGGCCGACGUCCGAGCGUUAUCCAGUCGGAUCAGGAGCGGUGGCGGAUUGCCACCUGGAUGAUGAAGGCGACCAAUGGACAGUCGUCGAGCGUAAGCAACAGCGACGGAUCGCCACAAGUGCUGCACCGUCUUCUCAGUGGCAGAAUCAAGGACGCCUGCUAAGCGAGCAGAUGCGGCAGAAGCAGCAGAAGAAUGCAAACACUGCUCAGUCGGCGCGUUCAUCUCAGCCAGCACAGCAGCAGCAGCAAUCAGCGCACAAGAAGUUGCGUCGCACAAGGGCUGACGUGAUUGAGGUGGUGCCUAAGGAUGGUAAGACCUGGCUGGAUGUGUAUACGAAGGUCCGCCGGGCUCUGAAUAACGACACCAGUGCCCAAGACAUGGCCGAGUCUAUUAAGAUGGGCAAGCGAACGCGGACGAACAACCUCCGUCUUCCACUCGCUCGAUCUGCCGAUACGGAGCAGAUCUGCUCCCGCGUUCAGGAGCUGGUAGGCGAGGAAGGAGUUGUGCGAGCCAUUACGGACAUGGGUGAGCUCCUGGUUACUCACAUCGACCCGUCCGCCACGGAGGAAGAGUUGAAGGAGGCUCUGGACACAGCAGCGUCCGGAAAGACCGGAAUUGCAUCGGUCAGCAUGUGGGGCCGAUUCGAUGGCAUCAAGACAGCCCGGGUACGGCUUUACUCCAAACAGGCGAAGGCACUCAGCGGUAAAUCCAUCAAGUUGUGUGGCUGUGUUACUCGAGAGAAGAUCUGCAUCCGCUGUGGCACCGAAGGUCACUUCUCCAAGGGAUGCACGGCCGAGCUGAAAUGUGCCGUGUGUGGUGGUCCCCACGCUGUCGGCCAUAACACUUGUGUUCAGACGGCCCAAAAUUCACUCUAA